AUGGGCGGCGGAGACGGCAAAUUGUUCACCUUGGCAGAGGUUUCUCAGCACACCAGCAACAAGGAUUGCUGGAUCGUCAUCGACGGCAAGGUUUAUGAUGUCACCAAGUUCUUGGACGACCAUCCUGGUGGUGACGAGGUCAUCUUAACCUCUACAGGGAAAGACGCGACGGAUGAUUUUGAGGAUGUGGGACACAGCUCCACUGCAAAAGCCAUGCUUGAUGAGUACUACGUCGGUGAUAUUGACUCAGCCACUGUCCCAACCAAAACCAAGUUUGUUCCUCCUACUCCAAACCAGACUCAGUCUAACCAGAGCUCGGAUUUUUUCAUUAAGGUUCUUCAGUUCCUUGUUCCUCUCCUCAUCUUAGGCUUGGCUCUCGGUAUCCGUUCUUACACCAAGACUCCUUCUUCUUCUUGA